AUGUUCUCUCGCCUGUUUACAAGGGUCCCCAAGCAAAGAUCAUUUCUGCCAAUCAGGUCUCUCGCAACCAUGGCUACCGAUACCUCCGCCUAUAAGCUCAACCACACGAUGAUGCGGGUCAAAGACCCAAAGCGAUCGGUGGAAUUCUAUAAGUUCCUUGGCAUGAGUUUGGUAAACACCAUUGACAUGCCCGAAUGGAAGUUCUGCAACUACUUCCUAGCCUACGACGGCCCCAACUCCCUCCAGGGUGAUCGUCACUGGACCGAUCGCAACGCCGUCCUGGAGCUCACCCAUAACUACGGCACCGAGAAUGACCCCAACUACAGCGUUGUCAACGGCAACACGGAGCCUCAUCGCGGAUUCGGACACAUCGCGAUCAGUGUCGACAACAUCGAAGCUGCGUGCGAGCGCAUUGAGAACGCCGGUUAUACCUUCCAGAAGAAGCUCACUGAGGGUCGCAUGCGCCACAUUGCCUUCGCCAAGGAUCCCGAUGGAUACUGGGUUGAGAUUAUUCGCCGCGGUGAUGAGAAUUUGAGCACCACCACCGACCCCAGCAGCUAUCGCCUGAACCACACCAUGCUGCGCGUCAAAGAUGCCGAGGCCAGUUUGAAGUUCUACCAGGAGUCCAUGGGCAUGACGCUUGUCCGCACCAUUGAGAACCCGGAGAACCAGUUCAAUCUGUACUUCCUGGGAUACCCUGCCUCCAACCCGGAGAUCAAAGAGGGGUCCAAGAACAGCGUGGCGGAGUGGGAAGGUCUUCUCGAAUUGACCUGGAACUAUGGCACCGAGAAGCAGGAGGGACAGGUUUACCACAAUGGUAACACCGAGCCGCAAGGAUUUGGGCACAUCUGCAUCUCUACCGACGAUCUCCAGGCCGCGUGCGACCGUUUCGAGACUCUUAAUGUGAACUUUAAGAAGCGCCUGACUGACGGGCGGAUGAAAUAUCUCGCGUUCAUUCUGGACCCCGACAACUACUGGAUCGAGGUCGUUCAGAACGAGCGUAUCAAGCCGACGUUGAACCUUUAA